AGAAGGAGGAUACACGAAAAAAAAGCGACAGAAAAGAAGUCCUUCCCUAGUACUGGCGUUCUACAGACCCUGCUUUUGCGUAGCCGCGACACUCGACUUUUCGGGUGUACAGACAACACCGGGCGCUUCUCGCAUGGCGUCAGGCGCGUCCCCCGGUCUGGUUUUCGGGGUCACUUCUUCAUUUCCUUUUCUUUCACGGAUCCCGCUUUUUUCUCUGCGUUGCUCUUCGUUCCUUCGCUUGUCUGGCGCAUGCCUCGCAUGCGGCUUCUCUUCGGGGGCUCGCUACGCGGGUCGUCAAAGGCGCGCAGCCUUCGCGUUUUCUUCGACUUCUUGCGCGUCUUCUGCUGCGCCACGGCUCGUUCGUUCUCUCACUCUCGUGCUCUCGCGCUCUCGGGCUCCGUUCAGAUGGAGACAGGUUGCAAUUCAGUCGCCGAAUCGACUAGCCGAAAAUGAGAACCGCUUCACCCGGCACCGCUGCGGUGGCACUUGGGCGUCGUCUGGGCUUCUGGUUGGCGGAAAGCGACCCCGACCGGGGGCAGGUGUCUUGGUUCCUCACGCGAGAUUUGCAGAACGACGCUUGAUGCUGCCUCUUCCUGGAGACCACCGAGAUCACCGUCCGCAGGUUUCAGCGGCGCGUUUCGCGUUCAUAUCCGCCACCCGCACCAGCAGAGAGGGGGCUUGACCGCUGGGGGGAGCGGACUGGGAGCGACCGAGGAAAGACAGAAAUCCCUUCUCAGAUGCUUAUCGCUGACACACGUCCACUUCUGGGCGAUUCUUGCGAACCCGCUCAUCGGCUGCAUGCGUCAGUCGACCGCAAGGGUGGCGAACACUGACCUUUUCAGGAAAUCGCUAUUUUGCGAAGUGCAGAGAAAGACGCACGGCGGUCUCGCAGCCCUGCUGCUUCGGGCAGAUCAGUGGUUCUUUCAGGCCUUCACCGUCUUCUCACUGUCUGUUUCUCGCCUCUCCUGAGUCGGCUUUCCAAAGACACUCCCUGGCGGCUUCUCGACAUCGCCUUUACCCUCACAAGUCGGGACCCACCGUCCCCUGUGCGGCCGGUCGCGCGUCUCACCACGAUGGCGUCCGUGGCAGGUUUUUUCUUUCAGUCUCUGAACAAGUCGCUCGUCCAGGUGCUUUUGCAGAAGCUAGGGACGCGUUUUCUCAAGUACGUGAAUGCGGACCUGGAGAAGGCGGCCGUGGGGGGUCUCAUGGACCAUGUCUGCUUGGAGAACGUGACGUUGAAUUUGUCGCAGAUCAACUCGGAUCUCGUCUUCCACCACAUUCCGCUGCAACUGACCUCCGGGUCGAUCGCAAAAGUCGAAAUCAAUCUCUACCUGGCUCACUCGCAACUCCACAUCAUCCUCUCGGGAUUGCAUGUCCUUGCGCUGCCGUCACUCCCCUCCUCACUCGCCGACGCACCUUGCUCCCCGUCCUCCUCUCCUUCUCAACAACCAGGCGCCGCUUCUCGCUCGGCUCCGUCUUCGUCUUCCCGAACCUCUGCCGCCGCCUCUGCACACUCGCCGACGCCCUUCUCGACGACGCAUGCAGAGAGGCCCGGAGGACCGGCGGCCCCCACGGCUGCGAGCUUCGUUCCGGAGAGCGAGGCCGACAGCGUGUCGAGGGAGAUCUACGACAACCAAGUCGAGAAGAUUCGGACGCACAUUCGCGUCUGCACCACCAGGCUGUUUCAAGAGGCCGUCCGGAAGCACUUGGAGCGUCUACAGAGACUGGCUCGGCAGCUGCGCAUGCAGUGGCGGGAGAAGCAGGCUCUGGGCGCCUCCGACGAGGUCUUGAGCGCGGCGAUUGACCGACACGGCGAGGAGGCGAAGAAGCUCCAGGCGUAUCUGCAGGCCGUCGCACAGGAAGAAGCCGAGGGCCAGCCAUUUCUACAGUGGCUCCUCAGAUACAUGCCCAACAUCAAAAUUCGCUUCAACGACGUUCAUGUCCACUACGACGACGCCCGAGGCGUCCUUUCCCACCCGGUCAGAUGCGGAGUGAAGAUUUCUCGCCUCCUUCUGCAGCCCCAACAGGGCGCCUGGCGCUUUUUCUGGCCCACCGACGAAAAGGCGACAGGAACCAAGUCUGCAGAAAACGCCCAGAGAGAAAACGCUCCUGCGAAAACUGGCGAGACGUCGAAUGUUUUCCUGGAUUUCCCUGAAGGCGAACGCGACAGCGCCGGCGUCGCGCCUCCGACCGGGGAGACUUCGUCGACGAACGGAGGCUCCGCGAGUGGCGCGUCGGCCUCGGGUGCCAAGGAUCUGAUUUACGGUAUUUCGAUAGAAGGCUUCGGAAUUUACUGGGAAGAUGCGUGUGGAACAGCCGCGGCGACAGCUGCCGGAGUGGCCGCGCGAGCUCCGAUUCCAGCUCCGACCCCAGGAACGGUUUUCCCCGGCCUUGAUUCUUCUUCGCUCGUGAGGUCGCCGCAAGAACUUGCCGAGGUACUCUCUUCUCUCUCUUCCGCGGGGUCUGCCGCAGCGAGCAAAGUCUCUCUGUCUGGAUCCAGCCGGCGUCCGGUCCCGGCGCGACCGCUGCCGGGAGGUAGCGGCGCGUCCGUGGCAGACGAGAAGGCGGGGAGCGCCUCUGGUCGACAAAGCGAAGACGCCUGCCCAGCUGCAACUGCGACCGCGGAGAUCUUCUUUCGACGUUGGCUGCUCAAACCGGUGAGUUUCCAAGCCCAGCUAGGACUCCACAACGCCUCCCCGCAGUCGGCUGCUGCCGCAGGCGGCCUCGACGUUGCGGGCGGGGCGUCGGCUGCCGGAGACCCGCGCGCGGGCCCUCCGGCGCGCGGUGCCGCGACCGCGUUGGGCUCCGGUCCGCGGGGACCGGAGCCCAACGCGGUCGCAGCGUCGCGUCAGGUGAAUUUGAAGCUCCUGGGGCGAAUCGAAGAGGCUGGCGUGGAGGUGGAGGUCGACGAAGGCAUGGUGAUGGGGGUGUCGGUUUUUCUGGAACGCGUCCGCCACCAGAGACGCCUGCGAGAUGUGCGGCUGUACCGACCCCACAAACGUCCGCGGUGUGGCUGGAGACCGGAGCGCGAGGCCGGCGAGAUGCAUGCGUCGCACUGCAUGCGCGGCAGCGAGGCCAAGGAGGGCACUUGCAAGCUCUGGUGGGCGUACGCGUUUCAAUUCGUCAAACUUCUCAGACGCGAGAGACCGGCGACUGGCAAGGAGCCGCGCGGCGCGCGUUCCACCCAGUACUGGGGUCGAAUGGAGGAGAGAACUGCGCACAUGAAAAGGUACAUGCGAAUCGCGAAGCGAUACAUGCUUGAACAGCGCAUGCAGCGCCUGAUGAAUUCCGGCGCGUCUGGAGCUGCUGCGCCGCACCCGGCCUCUUCUUUCACCGACUCCGACGCCUCGCCCUCGGCGCUGCCGUUUGCGUUGACGUCUCCACCCUCGUCGCUGCUGUCGCUGUCGUCCCCCUUCCUCGGCUGCGUGUCUUCUUCUCUCUCGUCGACAGCCGCCUCGUCCUCGGGGCUUCCUUACACGACAUCGGAGGAGAACCUCGCAGACUUCUUUUCGCACUUCUGGACGAAGCGACAGGCGCAGCUGCGGCGACAGGAGACGCGCGGUCCGGAACGCGGCUCCUCGCAGGGACCGCCGGAUGUGACGCGCAGUCUCUUCCAAGGAGACGCAGCGUGUGGGGUGCUGCGGAUGGGGGCGAGGCCGGCGCAAGCGCCUUUCGCGCUCGGCGACGAAGACUCAGAUGCUUCGUUCAUCGUCGGAAUCGUCGAAAGAAGACCUUACUGGGCUGUCGCGCAAUGGCACAUGCUCGCAGCAGCGGAACUGGAGGCCGCAGAGAAGGCCCUGUUGAAAACGCGCUCGGUGGCGUCGCAGAAAGACGACCAGAAAACCGUAGCGAGACUCCUGGCGAGUCUGGAUCAGGAGCAACGCCGCCUAAUUCACACCCAACAAAAGAGACUUCUUGCUUCACGCAUGCCCACAGACGACGUGUCAAGUGUAUCUGCCCUGGCGCAAGUCCAACUUCAAGAGAGCGAGCAGACGCAGGCUGUGCGUCGCAUGCAAGAAAAAGUUCAGGAGCUUUUACAGCCGCUCCAGGAGGCGGUGCUAAACUACUUCGACACACCGUCCUCCUUCGUGAAUCUCGCGAGAGAAGCAGUGCAGAAACUUUUGGAAUUGAGGAAAGUCGAAGACGGUCCUGAUCGAGAAUCUGUCAAACGGAUGCAAGACGCAGCUGAGACUUACAGGGCAACUGCUCGACAGCUCCACGAAAGCCGCGCAUGGAGUCUCUCCCGCGAACGCAUGCUCUGUUGGGCCGAGUUUUAUCGCAUGUACACCACGGCUUUUCCACUCACAGACUGCGUCUUGGUGGACCUGAACGAGUUGCAGCAGCUGGCGCACCAGCAACAAGACUCCGUGUUGUCUCUCGCAGAAAGCAGCCGCUUGCCUGUGAAACGGGCAGAGCGUCGGGCGCCUCUCGAGCCAAAAAAAGAGAGCACCGGGACGCCGCCGCGCAGGGCGCCUCCGGUGCCUUCGUUUCUGCAGCAGCUGAUUGAGGGACAGACGUUCUGGAUUCCGGCGGUCCUGCGGAACCUCCUCUUCGGCCUGCUGGUCCGGCGGCUUUCCAUCCGCGUCGCGCCGAGAGCCUUCGGGCCGCCACUGGCUGUCGUACACCGCGCGCUUCUUCAGGAGCGUUUGAAGGAGGAACAGCGCAACUGCAAGCUGCAGUGGCUCGAGUUCGAGUGUACAGACAGCGCCCUCCGGCUUCAGACUUACGAGGAACUGUCCGUCUCCUUCUGCAUGCGCCGAUGCGAAGUUCUCCACGUCUGGGGCUCCCGGGCACCGGGUCGAUCGUGCUUCUCCGACGCGGGCAGAGGAGACCACCAGGGAGGACGCGAGAGCGAGAGAAGAAGCAUGCCCGUCGUCGCUCUGGGUCAGCUUCUCCCGCGAACUCGACAUGUUCUUUUGAAAUGCAUGCACUUAGAUGACGCACUUUCGGACUCUCCCGCUGGAAACGCCUCGCUCUCAGCUUCCUCCAGUUCCGAAGUCUCUUCGGCUGCUCCUUCUUCUUCUUCUUCGCCUUCUCCGGUUUUGACGCUCGGGAUGCAUGGCCUAGGGUGUUCGAGUUCAGCGACUGUUUCCUCGCACCGUCCUAGAGAGUCGCAGCGUCGGCAGAGUGGCGAGAGCGGCGUCGCAGAUCUUCUGCUGCUUCCCCUGCUUCCUCCAAGCGAAGCAGAGACUCGUCAGAAGAAGGGAGACGUUGGGGCAGGAGCCCCGGGGACGCGGACGCAGCUGCGACAGGCCUUUCAGCGCGCGGUCUUGAGCACGCAGACAAAUCAACAGAGAAUAUCGAAAAAGUGGAUUUGGCUGCAUGCGAAACUCCUCACUCUCCCGCUCGUCCAGUCGCAGUGUCGCCUCACUGUUCCCCUUUUUCUCCACUUCUCCUUCCAAGGGCAAAACAUCCGCGUGGCGGCGACUUCCCAGCAGCUUCAGUUUCUCUACGAGCACAUUUGGGGGCUCUCCACCGUAUUUGUUUACGCUGCUCUCGGAUGUAGAAAACAACUGGGGAUCAGACAAACAAGCAUUGAAAGGUCGGAACGCCUCGAGUUUUACAGCACACUACUAUCGCAGUACACCGCGUACAAUGGCCAGGCGGCUCGCAGACCCGUUGAUCUUCAGUUUCUCGUCGAUCGAAUUGUCGCAUGCGUUCAGGGACCUUCGCCCUGGGGCGUUCCGCCGGCCGCGCCGCCGUCAGCUGCGACCGUGUCACCUUCAGCUUGCGCGCCUCUGUCUCCGGAGCUCGCGGACUCGCUAAACCGUAAACAGUCGUUCCAUUCUCACUUCUCUCCCGACUUUCUCGACUCUGUUUCCGCCGACUGCUUGUCCUCGUUGGAGACUCGAGACUCUUCCUGUUCCCUUCCGUUCGCUUCUGCCGCCUCUUCUCCGUUUUCUGCGUCUUCGCGAGCGAGUUCGCGGCGCGCGAGUGUGUUGGCGCCGAGCGCCUCGCCGGACGCAGAGACGCCGCAGAGCCUUCCGGUGUCUACUUUCCCCGUCGCUGAAGAGAUUCCGCGCCGUCGCGCCGCUCCCGCAGCUCCGGAGCAAGAAGGCCCAGCGCCCCCCCGCGUCGCGCCUGCGGCGCUGCGUGACUGGGAGAAGGUCGCUGCGGCGCUGCCGCUUGUCCAUGUCUUCUGUCGAGCAAAGUUGCCGAGCUGCGAAGUCUCGCUCCUGGAACAACCACACUGUAUCCCGUGCGUGUCUCCGGACUUGUCUCCAGAGCUCUCUCGAGAGCAGCGGAGGCCGAAAGGCUCGAAUCCACAGGGCGCCGCACCGCCGGACUCUGAGGACCUCGACGCUGCGGCCUUCUCCUCUGCACUCGCGAGCUACGAAGACAACGCACGGCGCCGGCAGCGCCAAGGAGGCGGCGCGGCACUGAGCGGCAGGAGUUUCGAGCCUUGCAUCGUUUCCUUCACCUCAGUCGGGGGCGAGCAGUCUCUGACUCCGAUUCCUCAGCAGCGCGGCGCUCCAGAUGCUCUGCGGAAAGGCCCCAGCGCGAGCGGCGAGCGUCGCGAACCGCAGCCGGCGAUCUUCUCCUUGACAAUCCCGCAGCAGACGCUGUUUCUCUCCCUCGGGAUGGGGAAGCACUUAGCGACCGCUGGAGAGGAGAAGACGAGGGCAGCGGACGCCGAAACUGCGCAGCUCGUGUUCGCCUUUUCUCCCUUCUUCCACGCGUCGACGUCCUCGGUCGUGACCUUCUUCUCCUCCUUCUCCAUUCUCUCGGCGCUUGUCAAAGAGAAACUUGCUCUUCUUCAGCUUCUGCGAGUGUUGCUUUCUCCCCGCGUCUUCGAACAAGCGCCAUUUCGCCUUCUCGACCUCCUGCGCCGCCAGGUCCUCCUUCCUGCCUCUGCUGCCUCGUCCUUCGCCUCUCCUCUCCAGGCUGUUUCACCGGGCGCGCGAGCGGCUCUCGCGUCUCGCGCUGGAGCCGGGAUGGCUUCCGAUCGUGUCUCCAGUCGCCGAAGUGUCUCCUUGAGGGCGCCGAGCGAGGAGACAGGGCCCGCAGGUUCUCGCCCAACGCGCCCGAAGCUCGCCGGAAGCUCGAGGACGAGUGCGGACGCGCCGGGGGUGUCGGGGACUCCCCAGGCGACAGACGGCCGUGCAGAGAGUCUCGGUGGCGGCGCGCAUGCAGCCGAGAAGGUCGAGGACACAGGCAGCGCGAGCGACGCAUGCAAGGCGCAGGAGGCUUUCUGGAUGCGUUUCUUAGAGAAUUCCUUCACCCGAGCUGUCAUCCUUCAGAGUCCAGGUGGGAUGGACCGUCGAGACAGCGACGGAGGAGAAGGUCGGAGUGUCGAUACAGAGGGAACAGCAGACGAGAGCGUUGCGAAGGAGGACUGCAUGCGGGGAAACAGCAGUGCGCAAGGCGGUCGUACAGGGCACAGAGACGCCGGGAGAUGCGGCGGAGUGGAGCGGAGGCGCCCCCCAAGAGGCGAAGAAAAAGAAGACAAGAAGAACUCGCGUCUCACUUGCCCGGUACCGCAGGUCCGUCUUGACGACGACGGCGGGUGUCCGUCGGAGGACUUUCUGUCCUACUCAGAGGCGGAAUGUUCCGACAUCGACAUGCAGGGCGCAGAGCCGCGUGGAGGGGGCGACGGAGACGCAGACUUGCCAGAUGAGAGCCGCGGUGAGACGCAAACGGAGUUCACUGGUGAGCAGGAUUUGCAAGCACCCUCGGAGGGCAGUGCAGGGGAGGGUGAGGCGUUCGAGAAACGAGAGGAGACUCGGGCAGACUCGACGGAGACGACACUUGCGGCAGAGCCAGUGAACGGGAGUACAGGGGUGGAGGAGGAACUGGAGAACAAAGGAGAGGAAACGCGUCGUGUCUUGGAGCCAGAAGACAAGCAGGAAAUCCAGUCCGUCGAUGGAAGGAAAGACGAACACAAGAAGAAGGAAAAAUCCGGUGAAAUUUCAGACGGACUUUCUCAGAAAGACCCACACCUUCCAUCUGUUCCCUAUCUUGAAAACACCAUUCCAUUUCCAUCUUCAUUUUCUUUCUCUUCUUCCUCGUCUUCCACUUCUUCCUCUUCUUUCUCUUCUUCCUCGUCUUCGUAUCCUCUGAGUGGAGAAAAGGAGACGACCUCAGCGUCUUCCGAGACAGAGACUGGAGAAGCGCGUCGUCUCCAGCCUUCUUCUCCGCUGCAUGCAUCCGCGAGUGGCGGUGUCUCCCCUCCCGGUACGCAGGCUGAAGAGCGACAGCAGUCUCUCAGAGGCGUCUCCGAAGAAGUCGGCUCAGACAGCGAAUCUCGGAAGGGAUCUCGGGACCUUUCCUCUGGCUCCUCCAACGCGUCCGUCUCGUCUUCCUCCAAGCGACUUAGCACCGUCCUCCUACGUAUCGGCCGAAAAAGACCAUUUUAUCAGCAAGCUCCGUCUUCCUCUUCUUCGCCUUCUUCCUCUUCUUCGUCUGCUUCCUCUUCUUCGUCUGCUUCCUCUUCUUCGUCUGCUUCUGCUUUCAGACCUUCUCGUCGAGCGUCUCCGUUUCGACCAGGAGCGUUUCGUUGGGAGGAGGCGAGCACGGAGACUGCUUCCAGAGUGCCUUCGGAGGCGAGAGACGAGGAACUGGUUCGCGGCAUUCGCGGUGUGAAUGCCGGUAGAAAGUCACAUCCUUUCAAACUUUUUAACGGAUGAAAACGAGCGCAAGCACUCUGCGCAGAGGGGCAGUGAACGGUGCUUCGCGGGGGCGACAGGCGCUGGACGGAGUCGACGGCGUUCGACGGUUUCAGGUCGGUUGUCGUUUCUCUGUCGCCUUCCCUUCCUGUCGCUUGGCGCGAAAGCCGAGAGAAAAGCCUUCGUCACGGAGGUCUCCGUUCGUCUGGGCCGCGCAGCGAGAUCCGGAAAGACUGGUGAAGAGAGACGUUCAGCGCAUGCAGGCGGAGGGUGUCCAGUCGCGUUUCGCCUGCAGAGCGCGCGAGAAAGCGAAUCGUGAUUGGAGGGAUUGUCCGGCAGGGAGAACAGGUGACGGAAGGCAGAGAAGCAGCGAAGGCGGCUGCGAAAGAAGACAAGAGAGAGAAACGUGAGAGCGUCGCUUUCUUCCAGGAUCCUUUAUGGGGGCCUUUGCAUGCGCUUGUGCAAGGAUGCGCUCGGGAGUUAGGCGUUUUUUCUGGUUUCCCUUCUCGCGUUUCUCUGCAUCCCCUUCAUGUCUAGGAUUUUCCAGACUUCACCCUUCGUUUUCUGGUUGUUUUUCUCUCUCUUCCUCACCUCUUCCUCACGGCCACCGUGAGGCACAUGCAGUCCUCUGCUGCUCAGCUCAACACUGCGCUGCACCGCUGUCGCUCGCGGCUCGCGGUCCGCGCCGCUUCGGCGACACCGUUGCUCUUUCUCCUUUCUUUCCGAGGAAGGCUUGCGACCACCGUGUACGCGCGAGGCAAGCAGCUCGCAGCGGCUCACUCCGCAUUUCCAAAGUUCUCUCCUCUCUGCAGGGCCGUCGCUCGAGACGACGCAACGCCCAGAGAGGUCACGCAACAGCGGGGAGAAAGAUUGGGAGACGUUUGCGUUUUUCUGGCCUGCUGUCGAAAACGCGAUUCGUUUUCUAUGUCGAGUCUUGGAAGAACAACGGACAGAGACGCUGUGCCGCAGACAAGCUCGCCUCCACCUGUUUCCGAGUUUCCUUUCGCGGUGCCAAGUCGAUUCUCUUGUUGCGCAGACGCAUCACGUUUCUCUCGCUUUCCUGCUGCUUCUUCAGACGACGUGCCUUUCUCUCGCUCUCUUACUCUCUAUGCUCUUCUGGGAGCCUUCAACUCUUUUGCUGUUUUCUGUCCAGGGCAUCUAACGCCGCUCCACGGAAGAUCCCCUGGGUCAGAUCUUCCGUCUUGCUUCUCUCUCUCUCUUACUCUCUGUGUCUGUUCUCUCUUCUCCCUUUUGCUCGCGUCUGUCUCCUGCCCUGCGGACUCGGGCAGAGCGCCAAGAAAGCCGAGGCGCGCGCAGACUCUCGCGGCGGCAACUAUGACCUGGGGGCUGUCAUCAUGAUAGUGCCACAGACGCAGGC